UAAGCGAGAACUGGAUAAGCGAGAAACCUCUAUAAGCGAGAGAAAUUUCUCGGUCCCUUCAUUUUUACAUGUAAAAACCUCUAUAAGUGAGAUUCUGUAAGCGAGAGUCAUUGCUCGUCCGGACCUCUAUAAGUGAGAGAAGUCGCUCUCGGACCUCUAUAAGCGAGAGAGACUUGUCUGUAUAUAUUCCUAAAAUUUUAUCAAAAUGUCUUUUGUUUUUGUCUCUAAUAGCAUUUGCUUACUUUUCUAAAAUGAAAAUAAAGAUAAUUAGCCAUUACCGUAGAUAUACACCCAGUGUAUACAAUGCAAACAAUUUUCUUUUCAGUUAAUAAACGAAUUUUGAAUAGUUAACUUGGCAGUGAGAGUCUCUUGUGAAUUAAUAAUGCCCAAACGAAAAAUUAACGUGAUUUCUCUGAGUGAUAAACUUAAAAUAAUAAAUGAAUUCGAGCGCGGAAAAUCACGAAAAGAAAUAGCGAGUGAGUUUAAUUUGCCGGAGUCUACUUUUUAUAAAAUCUUAAAAGAAAAAGAUUCAAUAAAGAGUCGAUGUGCUGAAGGACAUGGAAACAUUAAGAGAAACCGAAAAAUUGAAUUUUCUGACGUUGAAAAUUGUCUGUUAGAAUGGAUAAAAGAAAUCCGCGACAAAAAUAUUCCCAUGGAUGGCCCGUUAUUAAAAGAAAAAGCCAGAGAUUUUGCGACAAAAAUAGGAAUACAAGACUUCUCAGCUAGUAACGGCUGGUUUGAGGGUUUUAAAAGACGGCAUGAUAUAGUUUUUAAGACAUUAUCUGGAGAAAGCAAAUCUGUGGAUGUACGUGUAUGCAAUCAGUGGACUAAAGAUCUACCGAAUCUUUUAACAGAAUAUGACCCAGAGGACAUUUAUAAUGCAGACGAGACUGGUUUGUUUUUUAAGUGUUUACCAAACAAAACAUUUGCCUUUCAAGGAGAAAAGUGCCACGGAGGAAAACAAAGUAAGGAACGUAUUACUAUUCUUCAAUGUGCAAAUAUGACUGGUACAAAUAAAUUGCCUUUACUCGUCAUUGGAAAAUCAAAACGACCUCGAUGUUUUAAAGGUGUAAAAACCCUACCUGUAGAUUAUGAAAGCAACUCAAAAGCUUGGAUGACAAGAGGAAUAUUUAAAGGGUGGCUACAGAAAAUUGAUAAAAAUAUGAAGACCAAAAAAAAAAAAAUUGUUAUUUUUAUGGACAAUUGCACUGCACAUACAGAUUUACCAACUCUCGCAAAUGUGAAUGUUAUUUUUUUACCUGCCAAUACUACCAGCCACUUGCAACCAUUAGAUCAAGGAGUAAUUCAUGCUUUUAAGAGACAUUAUCGCAAAGAAGUGGUGAAGCAUGUUUUGACAUGUUUAGAAAAAAAUAUGAAGCCUGAAAUAAACGUACUUCUGGCUAUAAAGUUCGCUAGCAAAGCAUGGUACUCAAUAAGCGACGUCACCAUCAAGAAUUGCUUUAAAAAAGCUGGAUUUUGCACUGACGUGGGAAACCAGACAGAAGAAGAUGAUGUUGAAGUCCCUAGUAUCGAGGAUUGGAAUACACUCUUGCCUUGUGAACAUAACAUUGAAAAUCCAACUUUCGAAGAUUUUGUUAGAGUAGAUGACAAUGUGACAGUUACAGGAGAACUCACGGAUAACGACAUAAUAGCCAAUUUAACCACGGCCAAAAAUGAUGAUGAUGACGAUGAUGAUGAUGAUGAUAAUGAAGAUGAUAAUGAAGAAAACAAAAAUUUGACUAAAAGAGAAGAACUUUUUCCAAAUAAACAAGAAACUUUAAAAGCUUUAGAGACUGUUCAUCGUUUCUUGGAAUUUUCUAAAAAUGUUGAUAAGUCUGUUUUCAAUAAAAUUUAUGCUCUAGAGAAAGAAGUUGACAAUAUUAGAAUAAAAAAACAAACGAAAAUGACUGACUUUUUUAAGCAUUUUAAAUAAAUGAUAAUGAUAAUGUGAACUAAAAGAAAAUAACUAAUAAAUUAUAUAAUUAUGUACAAUAAAAUAUUAAUUUGAAUAACAUUUUUUCAUAAACCUCUGUAAGUGAGAAAAAUUUGCUUUUAGACCUCUGUAAGUGAAAACUGGGUAAGUGAGAAACCUCUAUAAGCGAGAGAAAGUUGUCGGUCCCUUGAACUCUCGCUUAUCCAGGUUUGACUGUAUUAUAAUUAUAUUAUAUUAUAUAUUAUAUAUUAUAUAUUAUUAUUAUAUUAUAUUAUAUUAUAUUAUAUUAUAUUAUAUUACUUAUUAUUAUACUAUACUACAAUAUAUAGUACUUUACUAUACAAUAAAGUACUAUACUAUACAGUACUGUACUAUUUAGUACUGUAGUGUACGAGAUAUCAAUGAACUAUAAAGUACUGUACUAUAUUGUACUAAAGUAUAUAUAGUACUGUACUGAAGUAUAUAGUACUGUACUAAAGUAUAUAGUACAGUACUAAAGUAUCUACCGGCGGAAAUUGUGCGACGCUAACACUUCGAGCUAUUAAAAAACACACGCGCACAGAAAGAGUGAUAACUCCGUCAAAAAUGAAGCUAGAUGAUUUUUUAAAUUGCAUUGGAAAGCUCAUUAAAUUUCCAAUGAAAUGCCACUAUUUCAUUUGUAUUGCAUAAAUAGGAAGCGAGAUAU